CCCUCUCAAACUUCCCUGAUCGACUUCAUUCCCCUUGCCAAAGGAAAAAGAAAAAGACGAAAAAAGGAGAGGAAAAGAGAGGGAAAGAAAGGACUCCUACUUCGUUCAACCUUGGAAUAUCGCCCCGCGCAUAGAGAUUGAGACUUCUUCCAUCUAAACGGGUUCUCCCAUUAUAUUUAGGAUUCGUCGGCAUUGGCGGUCGCGCGAACAAACGGUCGUUUAUUUACCCUUAGAUAUUCUACUGGCAUAUCCCAGACAUCAGACGCUCGCCCACCCGUCCCAUACCUUCCACACCUCGCACCAGCAUCUCUCUCGCAGCAAAGCUACUCUGACCACGAUGGCUGUCGGAACCGUCCUCGUUAGCGGUGGUACUGGAUAUAUUGGGUCCUUCACCUCUCUCGCCCUCCUCGAACACGGCUACGAUGUCGUCAUUGUCGACAGCCUCUGCAACUCUUCCAAGGUCGCCCUUGACCGCAUUGACCUGAUCUGCGGGAAGCGCCCUGCAUUCUACGAGCUCGACGUUACCGAUGAGGAUGCGCUUGACCGGGUCUUCAAGAAGCAUCCUGCUAUUGACAGUGUCAUCCACUUUGCCGCCCUUAAGGCAGUCGGCGAGUCCGGCGAGAUUCCUCUCGAGUACUACCGCGUCAAUGUCGGCGGCACCCUCGCCCUCCUCCGCGCCAUGUCAAAGAACAACGUCCCCAACAUCGUCUUCUCUUCCUCCGCCACUGUCUACGGCGAUGCUACCCGCUUCCCCAACAUGAUCCCGAUUCCCGAACGAUGCCCCAUCGGCCCGACGAACACAUACGGUCACACCAAGGCCAUGGUGGAACAAAUCAUCACCGACCAUAUCGAAGCGGAGCGGAAUAAGCUGAAGAAGGCCGGCCAGGCGUUCGAGCACUUCAACGGCGCUCUUCUGCGCUACUUCAACCCGUGCGGCGCCCACCCCUCGGGCCUCAUGGGCGAAGACCCCCAGGGCGUCCCCUACAACUUGCUUCCCCUUUUGGGCAAGGUUGCCACGGGAGAGCGAGAGAAGCUUCUUGUGUUUGGCGAUGACUACCCUUCAAGAGACGGCACGGCCAUUCGCGACUACAUCCACGUCGUAGACCUCGCGCGGGGCCACCUGGUGGCGCUCAACUACCUCCGCGAGCACAAGCCCGGCGUCCGCGCAUGGAACCUGGGGUCGGGCCGCGGCAGCACCGUGUUCGAGAUGAUCAAGGCCUUCGGCAGCGUGGUGGGCCGCGACCUGCCGUACGAGGUCAUGCCGCGACGACAGGGUGACGUGCUGGACCUCACGGCCAACCCUGCGCUUGCCAACAAGGAGCUCGGCUGGAAGACCGAGCUCACGAUGGAGAAGGCCUGCGAGGAUCUCUGGCGCUGGGUUAGCAACAACCCCAGGGGGUACCGUCAGGAUCCUCCUGCUGAGCUCCUCGAGGCCAUGAAGGGCUCCAAGUCUGCUUGAAAAUAAAAAGUCAUCCAUCUAUUCCCACAUACUUCUUUUCCGGGCUUUUUAUUUGGUAGGCGCCGUCACACAUCUUGUCAUCUCGAGCAAGUUUUGUCUUUAGAUAGAAAUCGCUCGUGUCAAUCGCAGAUCAUAGACUUUGAUAAUCGAAUGAAAUGAAAAUUCAAAGGUGUAUGUGUAGAAGGGGGAUAAAACACAAAGCCAAGAAAAGGAAUAGAUAUGCCGGAUUAAGCCCUUUUCUUUCUUUCUUUCUUUCUUUCUUUUUUUUCAAGUCGACGUCAAAAAGUCUACGAAACAAUUGCUUCAGUCAUUAUUCAUUAUUCCGUCUUGAUGAGUAGCUUGCCAACGGUC